UUGCCACUUGUUCAGGCGUCGGAGGGGGAGUCCUGUCCCAUUGCGCAACAACUUGCCUAUUUAAUAGGACUUCAAUGGAGGCGGCUGUUCCCAAUUGUAUUUGUUGUGCGACGGACCAGCCUACUUUAUAGGCUAGUGUUAGUCCUCUGUCAGUGUCAGUUGUUUCACUGUUCGCCAUGGCGCUGAAGAGAGCUGUGCUGUUUAACCUGUGGGGCGGCGUCCUAUCCACUCGUCCGUCCCAGUCCUUUCUGGCUUACGAAAAAUCCGUCGGUCUUCCCGGUGAUUUCAUAUCAAAGGCCCUUGCUGCUGGAGGGCCUGAAAAUGCCUUGGUCAAGGCGGAGAUGGGAAAGCUUACUUUACAGCAGAUGCAGGUUGCCCUGGAGGAAAGCUGCAGGAAGGAGGCCAGCGCUCAGGGCCUGACGCUGCCAGCUGACUUCUCCGCUGCUCGUCUCUUCAACAUGGUGAGAGGAGCCACCUUCCACCAGCCCAUACUGCAGGCUGCUGCUGCCCUCCGUCGCCAGGGGAUUAUGACGGGUGUGCUGGCCAACCUGUGGGUGGAUGACACCCCUGAGCGCCACAGAACGUCUCAGAUCCUGUCUGUGCUGGAGGCACACUUUGACCUUGUGCUGCAAUCCUGCUUCACUGGCGCCCGUGUGCCUGAGACCGGCAUGUUCGACAAGGCUGUGGAGAAACUGGGCCUUACACGUCAGCAGGUGGUGUGGCUGGAUGCGGAGCAGGAGAGUGUGGAUGCGGCAGCUGGUUUGGGGAUGACCGCCAUCCUGCUGAAGGACAUGACCAGCGCACUCAACCAGCUGCAGACCCACACGGGAGUGGAGGUCCAGAGCUCAAAAGAUCCCAUUCCCAUGGCCUGUAAACCUGAAGAUGUCAGCCAUGGAGUUGUCACUAUUAAGCCUGGUGUUCAGAUUCACUAUGUGGAGAUGGGAGACGGCCCUGUCCUCCUGCUCUGCCAUGGCUUCCCAGAAAGCUGGUUUUCAUGGAGAUACCAGAUCCAGGCCCUGGCAGAUGCUGGAUAUCGAGUGCUGGCCCCGGACAUGAAAGGCUAUGGAGACUCCACUGCUCCUCCAGAUAUCGAGGAGUAUUCACAAGAGAAUAUUUGCAAGGAUAUUGUGACAUUCCUUGACAAAAUGGGUAUUCCCCAAGUGACUCUUAUUGGUCAUGACUGGGGUGGUGCUCUGGUCUGGAAUCUGGCUCAGUUCCACCCAGAGAGAAUCAGGGCUGUGGCAUCCCUCAACACCCCUCUCUUCCCAGUGGACCCCAGCAGUGACCCAAUGCAGAAGCUCAAAGCUCUACCCAUCUUUGACUACCAGAUCUACUUUCAGGAGCCUGGUGUAGCAGAGGCUGAGCUUGAAAAAGACCUGGCCAGAACAUUCAAGAUCUUUUUCUUCGGAAGUGAUGAACAAGAUAAACGCCCUAAUGUCAGUACGGCCAACGUCUGUAAAAGAGGUGGCCUGUUUGUGGAUCUCCCAGAAGAGAUUCCGAAGAGCCACCACCUCUCGGAAGACGCACUCAACUACUAUGUCCAGGAGUACCGCAAACAUGGCUUCAGGGGUCCUCUGAACUGGUACCGAAAUGUGGAGACCAACUGGCGUUGGAUGGUGUCGCGGCCCAGAGCCAAGUUGCUGAUGCCAGCCCUGAUGGUGACUGCUGGAAAGGACCCUGUGCUUCUCCCUGUAUUUGCACAAGGAAUGGAGAACAUGAUCCCCAACCUGAGCCGUGGCCAUAUUGAAGAGUGUGGGCACUGGAUCCAGAUGGAAAGGCCAAGUGAGCUGAACAGGAUCCUCCUCGGCUGGCUGAAGGAGGCGCACCAGAAGACCUCCAUCACUGUCACCCCCAGGUUAUAAAAUGGAGAUUUCUCAUACCGCAGCUCUUACUUUUUCAGCCACCCACCCAUUGGUAUUGUGCUAAAUUUGUGCUUAUUUUUGCUUUGUGUUGUUAACCAUCAUUGAUGUUAUGACGCGCCGUAAACAUUCCUCCUAGCUUUUGGUCCAGCCCCCAUAUCAGAUGAGGCCAUGGGUGUUAAAUAACAUUUCCUUUGAAUUGUUUUGUUUUGUUGUUAUGGUUUCUGUUGAAGAGAAUGUGACUG